AUGUUUAAACAUGAGAGAAAGCGAGUUAAUUGCUCUGCAAAGAAGUUUUUUUGCUUUUAUUGUUAUGUUAGUAAAAGAUUAAUGACGAGACCUGUGUGUGUCUGUGUAUUAACCCUGUUCGCGGGAUUGGUUCAAAUUGUUGCUACUUAUGGGAAGGGAUGGGGAACGCGAGUUGGAGUUGUGGAUAUGUGUACGGAUUUGCUGAAAAUUAAGGCUCCAGCGGGCGUAGCAGAAGAGAAUCGUCUCGUGAAGUAUGCGGAAGCGAACUGCACUCCCAUCCGAAGCGUACCAUCUGGCGCAACCACUGACGGGAACUGUACCGUUUGUGGCGGGGGAACCUUGCGUUGUCCUUUCAAUUAUAGAUGUGUCACUGCAAAGGUUAGUGAGUUCCUUGGGCUCCCAACACCCGCAGUCGCUUCACCAGUUGUGGAAGCGGGUGGAGACUCAAGUCGCGACGAGGCCUCUAACAAAGGUGAGGCACCUCCAUCAUCCGAGUACGGCCCUGUGCUUUCUGAAGAGCCGGUGAGAAAUGGUAGUUCGGUUUCUGCGACCCCUAAAAAGGAGGAAAAUGGUUCACCCUCUAAGGAUGACGGCCACCUCAAAUCCGAAAAUAAAGGUACUGUCUCCUCCACUUUUGGCAGCGAACGUAACGGAACUUCCUCUGUUCGCCCCCCGGAACAGCAGAAAAGCAAAUCUCAGCCGCUGCAACCACCUAUCUACCAGGUUUUUUUUCCAGUGUUGCUCCUAUUUCUCUGA